CGGUCCCAGACUAUGUGCCAAUGUUAUUUUGCUUCCUUGUCUUCGAUUCCUACAUCGACUUGACGACCUGGGCUCGAUCUUCUUUAUUUUUCAAUGCUGACUUAGCAAGUCUCGGUCGAGAAAGUCUACCGAAGUCGAUAUAAUUUUGGAAGACCACGCCAGUUCCCGGGUGCCGCCCGUCGCAUACGCUCUCUCGACAGGGACGGGAGGGUUGACAAGAAGCCGCGAUGCACAAUGAAAGCUUCACGCGAGGGGAUUCUAUCCCGCCGUACACGGACGCCACCAGAGCCCCGUUGCUCAUUGGCAUGACCGCAGGGUUUCUUGGAAUUGCGUUAAUUUUCGUCGCCCUACGUGUUUACGUGCGGGCUGUGGUGUUGAAGAAAUGGGGGGUUGACGACACUCUCAUCGUCAUCUCAUAUAUUUUGACAGUGCUCACUGGUACCAUCCUUUCCAUUUGCACCACCUUUGGACUUGGAUUGCAUAUCUGGACAAUUCCCGAUGAAGUACAACAGACUGGCCGCAGGGCGACGAUUGCUGCGACUUUGUCAUACCACAUUACCUUCAUUUUUGUGAAGAUAGCUUUACUGCUUCUUUACCGUCGGGUGUUUGCGCAACACAAGUUCUGCCUAGUUUGCGAUGUAAUGCUAGGCUUCAUUGUCGCAUUCGGCAUUGCCGUGGUAGUAUCAUCCGUCGUCAUCAGUGCCCCAGGUUGGAGAGGGGACACCUUUGCGUUCGAGCGGUAUAACCAGGGGACAUGGUGGAUGGCAACAGCUGCGGUUCAUCUGGUGACCGACAUGAUCAUUUUCUUCAUGCCGAUCCCUCUCUUGAGCAGCUUGAAUUUGAAAAGAGCUCAAAAGGCAGCGCUGAUAGUCACCUUUGGCGUUGGAUUCAUCACGACAGCCAUUUCUGUUGUCAGGAUGUCCACCCUCGCGCACGUUUUUACAGCUGACGUGACGUGGGAUGUAAUCCCGUCAUUGAUCUGGACCGAAGUCGAGCUGUGCUGUGCCGUGAUAUGCGCCUGCAUACCAACACUUCGCCCUCUCCUUCACCCCCCGAGAUCUGCGUGCUCGCAGUAUUACAAUCGACAACGAUCUGAAGCGAGCACCGAGGCAAAGCUAUCUCGGAAGCGGAUGAAUGGGGGAACAUUCGGGAGCCACAGUCAGCAAAGCAUCCAAAACACAGCGACGAUGGAUUUCGAUAUGGAUAUGGAGAUGGACUUGGAGGCGAACAUGGAGCCGGAAAUGCCACCAGAUGCGCCUUACAACCAGAAGGGGAGUUUUCAAGGGUUGACUAUUGUGACAGACAUCACUCCAGCGAUGCCCGCUGGAGAGUCCGACGAUGGAUCUGACGUGUUCGGGCCGCUGGAUGAGGAGAUCGCAACACCGUUGAGCCCACCUCCCAGAUCGUACACGAGCCCUGCAAGGCUUCUUCCUCGAUCUCGGCGGUUGUCAGAGUCAAGUAACGAAGAGUGAGGAGGGUGCGAGGGCGAAUUUGACAAUAGGGUCCAAGUUGAUGCCAAGAGGAGGAGGAUGAUGGAGGGAAGUAGGUGCGUAUGUGUUUAGCAAGGCGUUGAGGAUCAUUAUACCACGGGAGCACGAUUCCAAGACAGCAGAACAGAGCCACAGUAAUAUACCUUGACAGUAUGAAAU